AUGCCUAUUCAAACACAUUUGUCUUUCUUCACAUUUGUCUUUCUUCACAUUUGUCUUUCUUCACAUUUGUCUUUCUUCACAUUUGUCUUUCUUCACAUUUGUCUUUCUUCACAUUUGUCUUUCUUCACAUUUGUCUUUCUUCACAUUUGUCUUUCUUCACAUUUGUCUUUCUUCACAUUUGUCUUUCUUCACAUUUGUCUUUCUUCACAUUUGUCUUUCUUCACAUUUGUCUUUCUUCACAUUUGUCUUUCUUCACAUUUGUCUUUCUUCACAUUCACAUUUGUUUUCUUCACAUUUGUCUUUCUUCACAUUUGUCUUUCUUCACAUUUGUCUUUCUUCACAUUUGUCUUUCUUCACAUUUCUUCAUUUGUCUUUCUUCACAUUUGUCUUUCUUCACAUUUGUCUUUCUUCACAUUUGUCUUUCUUCACAUUUGUCUUUCUUCACAUUUGUCUUUCUUCACAUUUGUCUUUCUUCACAUUUGUCUUUCUUCACAUUUGUCUUUCUUCACAUUUGUCUUUCUUCAACACCCACAGUUCCCAACUGUGACAUUCAUCAAUGAUCAGCGUAUUCCUGAACAAGAAUAUGUGACACUUGAAGAACAUGAUUCCAUACGUCUUGGUUAUGCUCCACUGCUGUACCACAUAGAACAGAUGGAUAAAGGUUCCCCAGAUAUUGAAGAUGAUCUCAAUCCUUCUGCCAAUUGUAGAGGAGACAUGAGUGGCAAUGAUGCAGCCAGUUGCUGUCAACCAGAUUUUUUUUACAAAAUAACGUCAGUGUCCAUCCUGGUCCAUUCUUUGCUCUUGUCUAUCUAG